AUAUUUUUUGAGCACUUCAAAAAUAGUCGUUUUUUCUGAUUAUCAAAAGGUUAUAAACAUAUAUAUAUACUUUACAAGAUACAAUACAAACCAUACCAAGAUGAGUUCUAAACGAAUGAAGUUUAUAUCGAUAUCAGUGCCGGUAUUAUACGGUAAUCAUGCUUAUAAAUUAACACCCGAAAUGAGAAAACCUACUACUCCACCUGAUCAUACUCAUGAAUGGACGGUAUUUUUUAAACCUGUGAUUGAAGAUUUUGAUUUAACACCAUUGAUUAAGAAAGUUACAUUUAAAUUACAUGAAACAUAUGAGAAUCCAGUUCGAUCGAUUGAAAAGCCGCCUUAUCAAGUUACGGAAUCGGGAUGGGGUGAGUUUGAGAUUAUUAUUAAAUUACAUUUUCAUAGUGGGGUUGAAUUAGGGAUUAAUGAAAAGAAUUUUCAAAUUUUUCAUGGAUUGAAAUUACAUCCUUUUAAUCCUCAAAUCCAACCUCCCAGAGAGAAUGGUGAAGUUCAUUCGGUUAUCUAUGAUGAGUUGGUAUUUCUGGAACCUACUGAGAAAGUAUUUGAGAUCUUGACUAAUAAACCAUGUAAUCUUUUACCUUAUAAAUUAUCGAAUCCUGAUAAACGAGAUCAAGAGUAUACUAGAACGGAUGAGAAUGAAGAGUUGGCAAGAUUAGAGAUAUAUAUGAAGAAAGUUAGAGAAGAGAUUGAAAAUCAACGUAAUGAAUAUAAAGAUUUAGAACAAGAAAAAUUAGCUUUAUUACAAUGAAGAUAGGUUUUUUUAAGACGUUACGGAAAUGCUUUCAUUAAGUGU